AGCUGGGAAUCGAGGGGGGAAGCCGUUGCCGGCAGCACUCUGUUCUAUGAAGCCUGUAGAUACUUGGGGGAUAGCGGCACGCAGUGCAAGCUAUGAGGGGAUUGAACACGCCUCGGGGCUAGGAAACAAGACCAGCGAAAGGAGAUGCCUAAAGGAAAAAGAGAUAUGAGGUCCAGCAGAGCCGAAUAUGCUCAUUUGGUAUGUAACGGGUCGCAAAAAAGAAGAAGGAUGGGAUCCGGUACAAGGCGGGCGCCUACCGCGAGUUAUGUAUGUCUAGUGUGUCCAUGCACGGCGGAGCAGUGUAGGGAUGCGAGACUAGGGGGGUGGUUGACCGUUGAGGAGGCAGAAGCAUGGUGGUUGAGAGAGAGGGAGAGAGAGAGAGAGAGAGAGUCGGAUCACAGCACAUACGCAGAAGCAGAAGCAGCAGCAGCAGAAGCAGCAGCAGCAGAAGCACGCACAGGUAUCCCAUCACCCACCCAUGGCAUAUCCUCGUUCCCCAAUAUGCAUGCUGGCUCUGGUGUGAUUCGACUCGUGGCACUUGCACACGGCGCCGAUGGUGGCACUCUGAACAGACCAGUCGAGUGUAUAAUAAUAGCCCGGGUGGUGUGUGGGCAGGUCAGGUAUCUAGGUUCUGGGUGCUGGGUUCUGGGUUGGAGAGACGACAAAAGGGUAGAAGAGUGCGCUUGCGUGUGCCUACGUGUGUGUGUGUGUGGCCGAGCGGGCAAAGGCCCAGCCCAUGGACCGACCAUUCAUUGAACCCUGAAUAACGGCGGUGGUCCUAGGCGACGAUACCGGCGUCGAUAGUUGUUGGGUGAAGAUGUGAGAGGAGACAAAAAG